CUGAUAGAGAUGCCUCCAGACAGAGUACGUCGUCGUCCAGCAUGCCGAGAGUGUAGAGUGCAAAAGGUCAAAUGCGAUACCGAGCCCCCCAAUCCCUGUACACGAUGUCGCCGUAUGCAGCUUGAGUGCGUUAUUGUACCCACUCCGGCAUCUCGACGAACCAAAGCUCAGCUGCAAAGAGAGCUUGAAGAUUUCAGACGCCGUGCCGAGCGCCUGUAUCCGGAUGAAGACAAUGACAGCAGGUCGAACAGCCCCACAAGGCUCUCUGGGGUCGAGGUUGAUGGAGCUUCGGCUUCUGUUCCUUUUCUGGUUGCAGACCCGGUUCCGGGCCCAUUGCUUGUUCCAGCUCUAACCCCAGCUUCAGAGGAAAUAGCGACCAGUUUACAGCCCCAAACAUCUCCUUCGAUAUCUAAAACGAGCAACAAUCGCCAAUCUUCUAUAUCGCAAAGUCAAUCUAUCGAAUCUCCGACUAGUUCUCAAGUAUUUGACGGACAAGAUGUCGCCGGCCGUAAAAUUCAAGACUGUUUCAACCUCUUCUUCAGCCUUUAUGCUCCAUUCUUGCCCAUUUUUAAUAAUGCCAUAAUUAGUCCAAACCAGUGCUUUGCGCAGUCACCUUUCUUGUCAUGGAUGAUUGUCUAUAUAGGAAGCAGACACUAUGCUGGAGAUCCAACUUUGUUGGAGCGACUUGCCCCAAGGAUAAACUCAAUGGCAUUCGCAGCGCUUGAAAAACGGAACAAUCCUAUCCAGACAAUACAAGGCAUACUGCUAUUAUGCCAGUGGCCAACUCCUAUUGAUACCAUGCACAGAGGCAUCAGUCUUGUGCUUGCAGGCGCGGCCCUCCACCUCGCCAUGGUAGUUGGGCUACACAUUACAGGCGUCGGACAAGAUUUUGCGAGGACGAUACUCAACCGUAAUAGGUGUGACAGAGACAAUCGACGCAUGUUAUGGAGACAAUGUUGUACAACUAGCUAUAUAAUCGGGCUUAGCGAAGGAAUUAUGCCUCUAGGCUUGAAUGACGCACUCACUCUACCAGUCCAGUCUGAAGGAGAUGAUGGAAACAGCGGCUGUGAGCUUGAUUCUCCACAGGAAGCAAAAGGUUAUCUCAAAUUGUGCGAAAUCAUGAUUUGUGCAACUGAGGCCUUGAAAAGAGCACACAGUGGAACCGACUCCAAAAGUUCCUCAUCAUUGCUCUCCUGCAUUAGUCUAUUCGAUACACAGUUAACAAAAGCUGCAUUACAGUUGCAGACAACUAUUGACUCCAUUUAUUACCAAUGCUAUCGCUUAUAUCUGCUCGCAUACCACUUCCUUGUAGACGCGGCAUUUCGCAAACCCGAAGGCUUCAUUUCUCUCUACGCUGUUGCCUGCAAUCUCGUUAACAUGGUCUGUCAGCGAUCGGAAGAAGAAGAAAGCAUUGCAAAAAUUGCUCCUGCUUUCGUUCAAAAGACCAUUGUGCUAGCAGCCUGCACAAUCUUGAAGAUUCAUCGCAGCGACCUUGCACCCCAUUUAGACCUUGAGGCAGGGGAGCAGGCCUAUUUUGCUUCUAUAGUCUUUGCGCGCGAAGGAUCAAUACAAAACAACGACCUAAGUGCGAGGGGUGCCACCAUAUUCAGCCAGCUAUGGAAUAGUCAAAAUAUUUUCAAGGGUAAAGAUGGCAGAAUAGAUAGCUUGAGCAGCCGAAUUUCGAGUAGACUGUCUACGAGCAUUGUCUUCGACUGCCUCUGGUGGUGGCGACAAGAGUUUGGUGGAUCCGGAAAUCCCUAUGAGAAUAAGCGACAAACCCAAGUUACAUCUUUGAUGGGAAAUAACAAUGGCAUUUCCUUAGAGCAGCGAACAGCGGAUGAGGCUGCUGGCGACGCUAACGCUGCUCUAGAUGCCCCACAGACAGCUACGCUUGCUGAUGAGCCAUUUGUUGACUUUGACUGGGAUAUGGGUCUUAAUUUGAAUGAAUGGCCUUUGUGAUAUGAAGUACGUCGAUAGUAUGGAUGAAUUAAUUUUGGCUAUAAAGCAAAGACUAGUAUGAAGAGACUAUAAGAAAAGUCUAAUUAUUAUGACCCGA